UGAAGUUGCCAUGCAACCAACAACGCCUCGCCUGAACAUGUGUUACCUUCCCCGGAAGUGCGUGGCUUAAAGAGACAUGGCGGACCCAGGAGCAGCUACAGUUACAUUUUUAUGGGUGUACACAGUGUAUUGUAACGUUUUUAAAAUUGUAACAUUGUUACUCUCAGUAUUGUCACUAUCUGCGUCCGAUUCUGCGUUCCACGCAGGAAACACAGUCAAUCAACCUGCAUCCGCUAAGGAUCUGCGGUACUUGCUUUACGAUGUGAACCCACCUGAGGGGUUCAACCUACGGCGAGAUGUGUACAUCCGCAUGGCGUCGUUGGUGAAGACACUGAGAAAAGAAGGCGACUGGGUGCUGGUGUUGCCACCCUGGGGUCGUCUAUACCACUGGCAGAGUCCUGACAUCCACCAGGUUCGCAUACCCUGGGGAGAGUUCUUCAGUGUAACCAGCCUUCAAGCAAAUGUACCCGUCAUAGAGUAUGAGGAGUUCAUCGCAGAGUCAGGAGGCCCUUUUGUUGACCAGCUACUGGUGCUGCAGCACUAUGCCGAGGGAUGGAGUGAUGGGACGUGGGAGGAGAAGGUGGAUGAGCGACCCUGCAUUGAGCGCCUCGCGUAUUCCAAAGACAAGCAGGGAUAUUACAGGGGCUGGUUUUGGGGCUAUGAGGAGACGAGAGCAGUAAACGUGACGUGCCUGUCUGCACAGGGCCAUGCUUCCGUCUUGGCCCCCUACCUUAAUAAAAUAACAGCAACGUCAGUGAUGCUGGACAGGGCAGAAACUGUCCUGCAUGACCACUACGCUGGAAAAGAUUAUUGGGAUACAAGGCGUAGUAUGGUGUUUGCAAAACACCUCCGUAUUAUUGGAGAUGACUUCCGAGCCAAGUACCUCAACUCCACAGAUGAGCAAGAUCAUACUUUCUACAAUGAAGACUGGAGAUUGAUGAAGGCGAAGUUGGGCAGUGCCAAAGGUGGCCCCUACUUAGCUGUGCACCUGCGGAGGAAGGACUUCAUCUGGGGCCACAGAGAAGAUGUCCCGAGCCUCAAAGGAGCCGCAAAGAAGAUCCGGAGUCUCAUGAAGAAGCACACGUUGGACAAAGUCUUUGUUGCUACCGAUGCAGACGAGGAAGAACUGGUGAAGUUGAAGCGUCUGUUGCCAGAGAUGGUGCGGUAUGAACCAACAUGGGAGGACCUGGAUCUUCUCAAGGAUGGUGGAGUUGCAAUCAUUGAUCAGUGGAUCUGUGCUCAUGCAAGGUACUUCAUCGGGACGUCAGUGUCCACCUUCUCCUUCAGAAUCCACGAGGAGAGGGAGAUCCUUGGCUUUGACCCCAGAACGACAUACAACCGCUUUUGUGGCGACAGUGAAAAAGACUGCGAACAACCAACACACUGGAAAAUCGUAUACUGACAGUAUUUUUUUGCCCGUGGUCAGUGAAGUGCCAAACAGUGUUCAAACUAUUCUAUUACUUCUUGUAAAUACAUUGUUAUUGUUCAAUAAAAUCCUUUGUAAUAACACUUGA